AUGCUGCGAGCGGCCGUCUUCGCCCUUUCACACCUGCUGUUGCCAGGGGCCGUGGCUGCCACAGCGGGUCCCGGCCAUGUCUGCAAGGACUUCCACAUCGCGGUCAACGUCACUGUCCCCUAUUACGAUGUUGAUCUCUCCAUAGAAACCCACUGGGACCUGGUGGACUACAUCUUCAAUUCAACCAGGCGCGAUUCAAGCGAGGUAUUCCACCCCGUCGGCCGUAACCACACCGAGACAACAACCUCCAAGAUUGGUGCGACAUUCUGCAGGCCACGGGCCCGUGGAAAGACGUCCGAGACUGUCCUGCUCUUGACGCAUGGCUCGAUGGUGGAUCGGAGCUACUGGAACCCCGUCUUCGCCGGCUCCGAGCAAUACAAUUUCGUCCAGCACGCCCUCGAUGCGGGUUACUCCGUCUUCUUCUAUGACCGCCUCGGAUCGGGAACAUCGGACCGACCCUCACCCAUUACCCAAGUGCAAUUCGCCCCGCAGGUCGCCAUUCUCAACUCGCUCACCCGUCUCCUCCAACGCUCCAGCAGCCCGUACACGCUCAACACGCCCAUUCGCAAAGUCGUGCACAUCGGCCACUCCUUCGGCGCCUUCGUCGCCGCCGCGGCGCUCGCCACCGCGCCCCCGGGUACUACGACGACCCCGGGCACCCUACCGCACCCGGCCCCCGGCGACGCGCUGGUCCUGACGGGCUUCUCGGGCCGCUUCGAGUGGCUGAGCCUCUUCACGGCGGGCGGGCAGGCGCGCGUCGCGGCGCUGCAGUUCCCGCACAAGUGGGCGCACCUGCCGCACGGCUACAUGGUGCCCGUCGACGCGUACGCGGCCGCGUACGGCGGCUUCCGCAGCCCCUUCUUUGACCGCCGCGUGGCCGAGUGGCUGUACGAGCACCAGAGCCCGUACGCCAUUGGCGAGGCGCUGACGGCGGGCGCGUGGGCGCUGGAUUUUGGGUCGAUUGCCGUGCCUGUGCAGGUUGUGCAAGGGAGGUAUGAUUUGACGGCGUGUGGAGGGAACUGUGGCGGAGUGCUGGACGGCACGGCCGCCUUGUUCACUGGCUCCCCCAAGGUGGAGGUGAAUGGGGACUUCGAGGGCGGGCAUAAUCUAAACUUCCACUACGAGGCAAAGAAGUCAUAUGAGGCGAUCAUCGAGUUCGUUAGGGAGGCGGUCUAG